CUUUCAUCACAGUGUAUUCAAACAUGGAAUCGGAGAAUGCCGCCGAGGUUACAAGUCGCAUUUUUGAAGCUGCCAAAGCUGGCAACUUGGCCCUUGUGCGCGAGUUACUACCGAGCGCUGGCUAUACCGAACUUGUGGCACUGAGUGUCUUUGAGUCACAAUUCGACCGCCGAUUGGGUCUCCUUACGGUUGCGGUUGCGUAUGGCCACGUCGACGUGGUGCGCGAGCUACUGCAGCACUCGACGAUUGGCUUGAACGAUAACCACGGAGGUGGGGGUACGGCGCUGGUUGUUGCGUGUGACCUUGGUUUGGAAGACAUGGUGACGUUUCUGCUAGAACAGAAAGACAUCGAUGUUAACUUGCACAUGCCGUUGGUUCGUGCUGUCCAAGCCGGUAACGAGGCCAUUGUCCGUCUCCUCUGCGAAAGUCCAGGCAUUCAAGUGAAUGCGCUACACAGCGAACCCCGUCGUUCGAGGUGCGGCAAUAGUCCGACAGUGGGCUCAGCUUUGCACGUGGCAUUUGCGCGGAACCACGUUGGCAUCCAAGCGUACUUGAUGCAACGAAGCGACGUGGACGUGAAUCUGCCCGACGAAAUGGGCAGGUCCGCGCUCUACACUGCCGCUAGCCAAGGCAACGUCGCCGCAGUGGAGCGGCUCCUAGCCCACCCAAAGAUUGACGUGAACUGCAAAUUCGAAGGAGGGCAUAACGAAGUACUCGAUACGCCCCUGCAUGAGGCGACAAGGAACGGCCACAUGAACGUCGUGCGAGCGCUGUGUGCAUUUCCACACACGCAAGUGAACGCUUUGUCCGAGGGGGGGGAGACUGCUUUGUACCUAGCGCUGAAACCGCGCUCCCGUCGAGAACGCUAUUGUGUCGUCGAUCCAGACGACCCAGAUCCCGACACGACACGUGAAACCCACGAGAAAGCCGCCCAAACUCUGAUCGCAAACAAGCGACAAAUCGCCCUCGUCUUACUGUCGCACAAAGACAUUGAUGUGAACCUGGCCCCCAAGGGCAAAGACACGCCCCUUGGCUUUGUUUGCCAGGGUGAUGUCGUCGAUGAAGUUGUAGUGAAACUGCUCGAGAAUAAGACCUUGGAUGUGAACGUCCAACCGGGUUCAUCACCGCCAGCACUAUGGAUUGUCCUUAAAAAGCUCCAGGCAGCGGACGUCAAAACGGACGACGCCGACCUUCAAACGAUUCGGAAUGCCACUGCAAAAGCAGCUUGGGCGAUGCUCGACCUGUUGCUUGCGCGGCGUGACCUGGAUUUGAACGUUGAAAUUGGGCUUGACGAUUACACCCCGCUGGAAUUUGCACUGUACCAUGAUCUCCGCGGUGUGGCUGGCAAACUCAUUGCUUUGGACACCGUCAACGUGAAUUCAAAACCUGACAGCGACACUUCUGUGUUGCUCACAGCUUGCAAGUAUGGAUCGGAAGAGACCGUGAAAUGGCUGUGCCAACGCCCUGACCUGCAACUAAAUCGCACGUACGCUCAUGGAGAAUCAGCCUUGUACGCGGCGUUGACACGAGCGUGUCGUCAUGUCAACGACUAUAAGUUCAUCCAACAUGCACAAACCAAGAAACAAGCCAAGGACGACGAGAACAAUACUAGUUCCGACAGCAGUGGUUCCGACGACGACACUGCCACCCACGAGAACGACGAGCCAACGAUCGAGUCGGUUUUGAUUGUCCUGGCGUUGUUAGCUCGGUCCGACUUGGAUGUGAAUUACACUCCGCCAGUCAGCGACACGAGCGUCCCAGCUCACGAUUCCAACAACUGCGACGGCCACACUCCGCUGAUCCUGGCGUGCAAAUCCGGCCUCAAAAGUGUCGUACAUCAACUAUGCCAGCGCCCCACCCUGCAAGUGAAUGCACGCGGCGGGGAGGGAGACACGGCGCUGAUGCAUUGCAUGAAUCAUCCUGACGUGGCUAAACUCCUCUUGGCUCGACCAGAUAUUGAUAUCAACGUUCAAAACGAGAGUGGCCACACGGCGCUGAUGGCGGCCGCGACAGUACAAGGUUCGGACGCCCUUGAAAUGCUGUUGGCGCGACCGGAGAUUCAACUCAACCAGCAAACCACCACUGGAAAAACUGCGCUUCACUUGGCCACGACGUGUGGGUACGAUAUGUCCCCAAACGUCCGGCUAUUGCUGCAGCACCCGCACAUUCAACCUGACCUGCCAGACAACAACGGUAUGACCGCACUCGAAGCAGCGGUGACUGUUACCGCCACACGCUGCGUGCAUGCGUUUAUCGAGCACGGCGUCGCUUCGCACAUCUAUAGCCUCCCGUACUUUUCAUUGAACACGAUUGCGCCGGAAUUGACUGUCGAGUCAAGCGUGACGCUGUUGCUGGGAGAUCUGCCGCUGCGAGUGGAAGGGGGCUCUGUCGUGCGCCGCCACGACCACCUCCACACGUGGAGCCAGUACCUGGACAUCGGUACCCCCGUGGACAAAGGCGUGCGCCUCGAAGCUGUUCAGCGCCUGAUCCGGCAUCCGGACCUCCGCCACCAUCCGUCCGUGGCGCGAGAGCUCGCCAUGACCACCGACCGAGAAGGCCGCACGGUGCUGCAGACCACCGACGCCGCCACGCGGGACCUCCUGAACGGGUACCUGUUCUUCUGCGGCCGGUACGAAAUCGUGGACGGCCCGCCCAUCCACAUCAGCGCCACCGCCGUCGUCGUGCACGCGUUCGACCACGGCCUGUUUAAGCAACUGUUCGACUUGCAUGCGACCGGAGGUCGCGGCCUGGACAGACAAGCGUUCGUCGCGUGUAGCCGUGUGUUGAGUCCCAACAAGAACCACGAAGCAGCGUUCGAUGGUGCUUCCAAAGACGGGCCGAACUUGACCGAGCACGAGUACUUGCGGCACUGCAGCCACGCGUACGGCGGCUCGAUGCGCGUGGCGAUCAAGUUCAUGCGCCACGGUGCCGACCACGCACGCGAACUCGACGCGCGCACGCAUUUGGACGCCGAGUUUGUCGUGGGGAUCCUGCCCAUGGCGGAUACUUCUACCUUCGCCGACCACGUGCGGUCGUUGGUGCUUCACGGGAACUUGAACAUGUGCGAGUUCCCGAACGUGCUCGUCAUGCCGGCGGCCGAUCGCAGUUUGGAGGACAUUUUCCUCAAGGAGCGCCCAGACGACACGAAGAUUCGCCCCAUGAUGCGUGACGUGGCGCUGGCGCUGGCACAUUUACACGGUCACGGCAUGAUCCACGGGGACUUGAAGAAACUCAACAUUUUGAGGGUUCACCAGACGCUGCAACUGAUCGACUUGGACGCUGCCACUCGGGUCGGCGACGACAUUGGGUCCAAGUUUAGCUCGGGCAUUUUACCCCCCGAAAUGUUUGUACAGGUGACGUCGCCAACGGAAGUGGACACGUACGAAACGUAUUGGAAACACGCCGACCGAGUUGAGUGGUGGCCCAAGGUGCAGCCUCGCGGGCACGGCGGGUGGGUCGUCCGUUCGUUCCGGGGACGUGCCAAGAACGUUCCGUACCAACUCGUCAAAGCGUCGCCGGCCAUCGACAUGUGGGCGUUCGGGUGCAUGUUGUUUCAACUGUACAGCGAAGCCGAGCUCGUGCCCACAGAUCGAAACCAAGACGCGGACGACGACGCGAUGGACCGGGCGGCCACGUGGACGGCGGACGCGCUGGGGCGUCGUAUUCGCAGCAAAGUGUCGAAUGGGCUGGCGGCGGACUUAAUCCAGCGGCUGCUCGUGGUGGAGCCGGAGAACCGCAUGGGCGUCCGACAGGUGCUCGACCACGCGUACUUUCACGGGACGGACGACGCGUCAGUGCUGGGCAUUAAACUGGACCAGCUCCAAGUCCAAGUAGCGCGGGGGUUCAACGCGAUAGGCACUAAACUGGACACUGUCGUGGACCUGACCAAGGAAAAUGUGAACCAACUAGCCACCGCCAAGCGAGAUCUCAUGCGCGGCAUCUUCCAGGCUACCGAAGUGACCGUGCCCACGUCGUUCGUGCUCCUUCCGUUCAACCUCGUAGUCCACGACCCACACGACGAGACGGCCGAGGACGUGAUGGUCAAGACGGCGUCGUUCCUGCAAAGGGUCGUGGACAUGGGCGACAAGUUUAUGCAAGCGGCUAAAGCCAACAAAGCGAUCGGGGCGACCGUACGUCUGGUCGCGCCAGGGGACCCUUUGUACUUGUAUCUGAUUGAUGAAGUGAUGGGCACCCCCGUGUCGGCUGGCGUGUACCCCAUUCGAAUCGACACCAAGUCGGACGAGUACGUGCGCUUCAUGACGGUAGCCAUGCCAUACAUUCAAACAGGGUUCAAGUGCUUGAACUGGGCCAACACGGCCGUGGGGUGGCUCAAGGUGCUCGGGGUGCCGAGUUUAGACUCUGACGUGAUGACGAGGGUGGCCACUUCUAUUGAAUCGGCCACGAAAUCGUCGUCCGUGUUUGAUUUUGACGUGCUCCAGGCGGCCGUGGAGGCCCAAGACGCAGGGGCACCAGUCGAGCAGAUCCGGGGCGCCGCACUUCGCCAACUCGAACGAUUCUUCCAGACGUUUGAUGCGACGGGCGACUACGCCGGACUCGAACGGACGUACGCAUCGAAUGGCCAAGUGCUGUGGACGACCAAGGACACGAUUGCAAAGAUUGAGCUGAAUCGACGUGAAAACGUCGCUCCAAAAACGCAGGAAAGUACCGCGCCGUUGAAGCGACAAGGGGGAUUGACGGCCCAAGACAUUUACUUGGCCAUGUUGAAAAAUGAAACCACGGGAGACGUCGAGGAGGCAUCAUCGGCAUCAUCUGUUCGUGGUCGAAACGACGAGAAUGCGAUCCUCUCGGACGAAGAACUUCCUGAAGCAGGCUGUGCCUGUCGAUUGAUGUGACUCCAACCAUACGGUAAACGGUGAAGGGUACUGUAGAGUAACGUUAACCUUAGUAGAAAUAUAAGUAUGGUAAUCUUACAUUUGUAAAAAUUCAAUUCACA